CUAAUUUAGACCCAACGGCUCCACGGUAGGCGAGCCCACUUGGAGCACGUUCAGGACGGGACGGGCGCAGCCGGUGAGCUUCUGCUAACACACCACAUGUAACCAGCCAAACGCACGGGACAGCCCCUCACCAUGGACCCUCUUGGUCAGGUCCCUGUUGUGGAUCACAAGAUCACCAUGAAAGAGGCAGGUUUUACUGCACACUGUGAGCAGACAGUGAAUCGUCAUUCAGGACUUCAGAGGCAAGUGUGUCCUGAAAACUAAGGGGGUGGGACAGGAUGCGGCAGGAUGCUCCCCUCUCGUCUCUCCCUACAGGCCCCGAUCCUGACAUCGCCGUCUACACCAAGUUCAUGAUGACUCACACCUGCUAUGAUGCCAUUCCGACAAGCUCCAAGCUCGUUAUCUUUGACACUACGCUGCAGGUGAAGAAAGCCUUCUUCGCUCUGGUGGCCAACGGCUUGAGAGCAGCACCACUUUGGGACAACAAGCUGCAGUGUUUCGUAGGAAUGCUGACCAUCACAGACUUUAUUAACAUUCUCCAUCGCUACUACAAGUCCCCCAUGGUACAGAUCUAUGAGCUGGAAGAGCACAAGAUUGAAACAUGGAGAGAAGUGUACCUACACUACUCCUGCCAUUCUCUGAUUAGCAUCACACCAGACUCCAGCUUAUUUGACGCCAUCUACUCGCUAUUGAAAAAUAAGAUCCACCGACUUCCCGUCAUCGACCCCGAAUCUGGAAACGUCCUGCACAUACUGACGCACAAAAGGAUCCUCAAGUUCCUGCACAUCUUCGGGGCGACGAUCCCGAAGCCGCGGUUCCUACAGAAGCGCAUCAGGGAGGCGCAAAUCGGGACGUUCAAGCACAUCGCCACGGUGAAGGAGACCGAGACGCUGUAUGACGCCCUGUCCAUUUUCGUGGGAAGACGGGUGUCCGCGCUGCCCGUGGUAAACGAAAAAGGGAAGGUGGUGGCUCUCUACUCCAGGUUUGACGUUAUCAACCUUGCUGCGCAGAAGAGCUACAAUAACCUGAACAUGACCAUGCGGGAAGCGGUGCAGAGCAGAGGGUGCUGCGUCGAGGGCGUGCUAAAGUGCUACCCGCACGAGACGCUGGAGGUCAUCAUCGACCGCAUUGCCAAAGCUGAGGUUCACCGUCUGGUCCUGGUGGACGAGGACGACGUGGUCAGGGGGAUCAUCUCGCUCUCUGACCUGCUCCAAGCUUUGGUCUUGACGCCGGCAGAGAUUUCAAGACAAAUGAGCUGUGACAAUUCAAAGAAAGUAUGAAAUGAAUCACGGAUUAAGAAAAAAAUGUUUUAAAUAUACAUCCACUUAUAACAACAGUGAUUUUUCAGUGUUGGAUUUAUGAAAUGUAUACACUCUAGAACAAGUGAUAAUUAAUCUUCCGGUCCUAUUCAUUGUUUGCCUGAUAAUUUAUUUUUUGUGUAUUUUGUAUGGAAUAUUUUAUAUUGUCUAGUAUCGAUCACUUAAACAUUGUUGAAGUAUCUUUGCUUGGCCGUUCCCUUGACAUUAAUUGACAUAAUCAUAAACAAGUAAUUGUAAAUAACAGUGCAUUGAUUUAAGCUGCAUUGUAAAACACGGGACAGCAGCACUUCUCUGCCAAGUAAUCCCAGUGUUACUUGUGCAGAAUGAGGUAGAGGUUUACAGCGUAUCGAUUUUCUUGGUGUAUUUUAUCUUACAGCGUUUCUUUUCAAACCUCACAUUUGGUUACGAUAAAUGUGUUUUUUUUAACUGCAGAAUUUUGCACGUCAGCAAGAUUUUAUAUUACAGUGACUGAAGUAAUUGUACUUAAUAAAAACGAAUGUUACAGUUUCAUCACAGUGACA